GUACUAUAUAUACACACAUUCUGUAUCUAUUUUUCUCUAUAGUAGACAACCAUUGAUUAGAGCAAACGGCUAUAAUUUAGAGGCUCGAAUUGAAAGCAUUAUCGUAGCACGAGCCCCUGAAAUUUUGGUCGGAUUUUCAGGACACUUCACUUCGUUAUUACUAAUAUACGUACUAUAUAUACACACAUUCUGCUGAUUUCUACAACAAAAGAGAAGAAAGAAUUAGCCCUCAUGUUCUUAGAGGGCUCAAAUCAGCAUUUCCUAAUCCUCCGAUUGUUUGAUUUGAGCCCUCGUCAUGCCUGAUGGUUAUUCAUCUUCCAAAAAGAAGACGGAUGACUAUUGGGACAACGUCUGUAGUCAGGAGGUAAGCAGAAUGGGUCGAAUUCGUUGCAUGAUGCAAACCCUGGAUCUACGGACGCUUGUUGUAUUAUUUAUAGUGAUACCAAUUGGUUUCGUGGGUAUUUACUUCCAUGGACAAAAAGUAACUUACUUUUUGAGACCUUUAUGGCAAUCUCCCCCAAAACCUUUCGUUCACAUUCCUCAUUACUAUCAUGAAAACAUUUCAAUGGCGUCGCUCUGCAAACUCCAUGGUUGGGAAGUCCGUGAUUACCCUCGGAAAGUAUACGACGCUGUUCUCUUCAACAACGAGGUCGACAUGCUUACAAUCAGAUGGAAAGAACUCCACCCUUACAUCACUCAAUUUGUUCUUCUCGAAACGAAUUCCACCUUCACAAGCAUCCCGAAACCCCACUAUUUCUCCAUCAAUCGAGAAAAAUUCGAUUUCAUUGAACCUAGAUUAACCUACGGGACAAUCGGCGGACGAUUUAGAAAGGGGGAAAAUCCGUUUAUCGAAGAAGCUUAUCAACGAGUGGCACUCGAUCAUCUUCUCAGAAUCGCCGGGAUUGAAGAUGGUGAUUUGUUGAUAAUGUCGGAUGUCGAUGAAAUCCCGAGUGCUCAUACCAUCGAUCUUUUGCGAUGGUGCGACGGACCUCCGCCGGUGAUUCAUCUGAACUUGAACAACUACUUGUAUUCCUUCGAAUUCAACGUCGAUCAUGACAGCUGGAGGGCCUCCGUUCACCAAUAUCAAAAGGGGAAAACGAGAUACGUUCAUUACAGACAAACCGACUACUUGUUAGCGGAUUCAGGGUGGCAUUGUAGCUUUUGCUUCAGAAAAAUCAGCGAUUUCGUGUUCAAGAUGAAAGCGUAUAGCCAUACAGAUCGAGUGAGAUUUUCGCACUUUCUUGAUCCGAGAAGAAUUCAGAAUGUGAUUUGCAAUGGGGAUGACUUGUUCGAUAUGCUUCCUGAGGAGUACACUUUCAGGGAUAUUAUCUCAAAAAUGGGUCGGAUUCCUCAUUCUUAUUCGGGUGUUCAUCUUCCUUCUUAUCUAUUGAAUCAUGCCGAUAAGUAUAAGUAUCUUUUGCCUGGGAAUUGUGUUCGUGAAGCUGUUUCAGGAUAAUAUUAGUGUAAUUUUUUUUUCUAGAUUUAAGGGUUUUAAUGAUACAUAGAGUUUUUUUUUUUUUAAGUACCUUUUUUUUAAACCUUUUGGG